AUGGCAAAGCAGGACGAUGGCCUCUUUCUCCUGGAGGUACUUAUCGAUAAGAUAGUAUUUGUCAAGAGCCCUUGCUUCUCUGACAAGGACUUCAGAACCUGUGUGACUAUAGAAACUCCAUCAGUCCAACCGCUAGAAAUAUGUGACGAUGAUCCUGGAGCAUGUGUAGCCAAAAGUGGAGGGCCUUUUGUGAAAACUUUUAACAGCGGCAAAUCAUGUCUGUUUUCACUCCAAGAAGCAGACAUUACCAAAGCAAUGAGUAGCUUUCCUAUAAAAGUAUCAGUAUUCAAAUCACUUCCAUGCGGUUGUCUUCCUACGAAAAUCAUAAUGGGAGAAGCUACAAUAGAUAUGACAAAGGAAUUUGUACAGUCCCGUAAAACGUUUUUAGAAGAUCCCACGAAUGUGAGCUAUCAAGCUUUGAAAGACUCAUUUCGUAUCGUCGGUCCAGACGGAACCGAGACCGGUGAAGUAGUCAUGUUUUUACGCAUCUCCUGUUUUGGAAAGCUAAUUAUUACACGAUUCCAAGGUACAAGUGCGCCCCCUAAGUUAGGAGGCAGUCGUGGCCCUUCUAUUGUUGACAGAUCAUGCAAUCCAAAGAGAGAAUUCCAAACGUCUCAAGAUCCUUGCGUUUGUGGUGCGGCACAAGCAGCUGCAAGCAGUAGAGCACAGAGCUCGGUACCCUGUACCGCUCCAUGCAGGACACCUGGUGGAAGUGGUCGCGGGGUUUGUCCAAUAGAACCAGACCAGAGCGUACGGCGCGUAGCGUUCCCCGCGCGCCUCAAAGAGCCAAUAGACUAUUACAGACGGAGGGCUGACGUUCAGCCGGAGUUGCGGGGUAAGCGCAAUCGCCUCGGCGACCUCGGCCCAGAGCCUGAAAAGGAACGGGGGGAGGGUGGGGGGGCUCAAGAUCCAUAUAGUACUAUGCCAUGUGAAGAUCCAGACGACCCUUGCUUCUGUUCAGGUUCUAAGCCUCCUCCAAAACCACCAAUGAUGUGCAGAAAUACUGAACAGUACUGUUUGCAUAUACCCAAAGGUCCCAGUAAACAAUUUGAAGAGAUAGGCUCCAAUUUGGGUGGCAACGAACUAAAGAUUAAAGUACCUGUCAGCGCGUCUGUCAUCAAGAAGAUCAGUCAAACUCACUGUUCAAUGCAAUGUCCGUACGACAAAAAGUCAUCAGAUCAGGGCCCUUGUGUUCCACCAUGUGGGAAAAAUAACAUCAGUUUAGCGCUGCCGGCCGAGCCUAUAUGUUGCCUCGGCAUGCGGCCGCAAGAAACACAAUUCAGUUGUACCACAGAAGGAUGUAUCCAGACAACAAAGCAUGGCCAACAGGCUUUGUACGGUCGAGGCGACACGAAGAAUGAAUAUCCCAACAAAGAUGUGUUUGUAUUAAAAGUGGCAAAAACAGCUAUGCAGGGUGAUAAAAAAUGUAAACUAGAACUGGAACUUGUUGCACCUAAGGGUCCAGAUAAAAAGCUACCAGUCGAUUGCUGCCCGCCGGGGAACAAGGUCAUAUUCCAAAUGCCUUCGGACAGCUGCGGUAUGAACCACAAGCAACGAGCUCACUAUACCUACACAUCUGAAGGAGUGGGAGAUGUAUCCCGGGACGAUCCACAACAACUUGUGCCAACUACGGCUGAGGAUUACCCCGGGGUCGUAUAUGACUUUCCAACACAAGUGAUUAAGCUUCGCAUUGGAAAGAUUAUAGAAAUGCCAGGUCGAAAAUCUAAAUUGGAAUACCAAUUCAUUACACCUGCUGUUAACAAUGAAAAAGUCAUACCCACCAUAGACACUCGCACUGCGCAAUGUGUACCCCCCUCUCCUGAGGGUUGUCCUAAACAGAAACGUCAACUGUAA